UUCGCGAGGCGGCAGACGGUUUAACUUUGACCGGAGAGAUGUUGCCCUCCGGUUCGGACACGGAGGGGGACCACACGCCGCUCCUUCACCGGAGCACCGAAGACAAAGUCCCGAGAGCUCCGGCAUGCGGCUCUUCCCGCUACGGCCUGGCGCUGCUCUCCUCCUUCGGCUUCUUCGUGGUCUACUCCCUGCGGGUGAACCUCAGCGUGGCCAUGGUGGACAUGCUCAACAGCACCCGGCAUUCCGGCGGCAACCACAGCAGCUCGGUCUGCCCGGCCCACGCCGCCCCGGCUCGGCCCAAACACGUCAACGCGGCCAGCGUGUACGACUGGGACUCUAAGACUCAGGGCUGGAUCCUGGGCUCCUUCUUCUACGGCUACAUCCUGACGCAGGUGCCCGGCGGCUACCUGGCCGGCCGCUACGGGCCCAAGUGGCUGCUGGGCUUCGGCAUCCUGGGAACUGUAGUCUUCACGCUGCUCACCCCAGUGGCCGCCGACUUGGGGCCGAGCUACCUCAUCGCCGUCAGGGUGCUGGAGGGCAUCGGAGAGGGAGUGACGUUCCCCUCCAUGUAUGUCAUGUGGGCGGCCUGGGCGCCGCCGCUGGAGAGGAGCCGCCUGCUCACCAUCAGCUACAUCGGAGCCCAGCUGGGGACGGUGGUCUCCCUCCCCGUGGCCGGGGAGAUCCUCUUCUACCUGGACUGGACCUACGUCUUCUACGUGUUCGGUGUGCUGGGCCUGGUGUGGUUCGUCUUGUGGGUCUUCCUGGCCUUCGACAGCCCGAACAUUCACCCCCGGAUUUCAGAGCAGGAGCGUCUCUACAUCAACAGCUCCCUGAAGAAUGAGCUGGCCACCUCGGCGGGCCGCAUCCCGUGGCGAGCCAUCCUGACGUCCGGGCCGCUGUGGGCCAUCGUGGUCGCUCACUUCUCCUACAACUGGACCUUCUACACGCUCCUCACGCUGCUGCCCACCUACAUGAACGACGUGCUGGGCUUCAGCAUCCAGCAGAACGGCCUGCUGUCGGCUCUUCCGUACCUGGGCUGCGCCGUGAUGGCGGUCCUGAGCGGCCAGCUGGCCGACUACCUGAGAGAAACCUGCCUCUGCCGCACCGUCACCGUCAGGAAGGCCUUCUCCAUCGUCGGUAUGAUCGGGCCGGCCGUGUUCCUGGUGGCGGCCGGUUUCACCGGCUGUAACUACGUCAUGACCGUGACGCUCCUCACCAUCUCCUCGGCUCUGGGCGGCGUGUCGGCCUCCGGCUUCAACAUCAACCACCUCGACAUCGCGCCUUCGUACGCUGGAAUCCUUUUGGGAAUCACCAACACCUUUGCCACCAUUCCCGGGAUGGUGGGGCCGGUGAUCGCCAGAGUCCUCACCUCACAGAACACCAUCGAGGAGUGGCAGACCGUGUUCUUCAUCGCCGCCGCCAUCAACCUGUUCGGAGCGGUGUUCUACGCCCUGUUCGGCCGCGGCGCCGUGCAGCCGUGGGCCGUCCACGCCUCCUUCUCCCACGGGGACUGAGGCCGCCCCGGAGAGAGGGAGCUGGAGGGAGAGAAAGGGAGGGAGGGAGAGAGACGUUGAAACUGCACAAACACCCGUUUGGGGGUGAAAUGCCUUAAAGUGAAAUGUUCUUAAGGGCUUUUAUUCUGUAGCAAUUGGACCAAGUUUCUGUCGGCGCAUUGGUGAGAUUUAAUCUGCACAAUCAGCAUCUUUAUGAAUGGUUACGGUCGCGGCCACCAGGCGUCUGGUUGACUUCGUGUCCUCCGUCUUGUUCUGAUCCAACAGUGCUGCCAAGUUCUCGCCAAAAGUUUAAAUCCUAUAAACUAGAGGCAGAAACCGGCUGCCCGAAAUGCCUUUAUUUUACAUCUUCAUUUUACACGUUUUACAAUUUUAUUUUAAACGCUUAUUCUACACUGUUACUUUACACGUUUAUUUUACACUUAAUUUACACAUUUAUUUCAUACAUUUAUUUUACACUUAAUUUACACUUAUUCUACACUUAUUUUGCACUUUAUUUUACACGAUGAUUUUUACACGUUUAUUCAACAGUAGUUUUUCACGGUUAUUUUACAUGUUUAUUAUAGUCAUUAUACACGGUUAUUCUCCAGUUAUUUUACACUUAAUUUACACAUUUAUUUCAUACAUUUAUUUUACACUUAAUUUACACUUAUUCUACACUUAUUUUGCACUUUAUUUUACACGAUGAUUUUUACACGUUUAUUCAACAGUAGUUUUUCACGGUUAUUUUAGAUGUUUAUUAUAGUCAUUAUACACGGUUAUUCUCCAGUUAUUUUAGACUUAAUUUACAUUUAUUUUCCACGAUGAUUUUUACACGUUCAUUCAACAGUAAUUUAUUUUUCACUUUUAUUUUACACGCUUAUACAAUCAUUAUACAUGGUUAUUUUACAUGUUUAUUAUAGUCAUUAUACACGUUUAUUCCACACGGUUAUUUUACAUGUUUAUUAUUGUCAUUUUAGACGUUUAUUCCACACGGUUAUUUUUCGGGGUGAAUUCUCAGGGAUCUUCUGUCUUAAGGUUUUUACGGAUGUUUGUUUACUUUAAUGCUGUCAAAUUGCACAAUUCUCCGAAAACGGAGUAAUGCUGUCUUUUUAUGUGAUCAGCUGAUCAUAAUAUAUAUAUAUAUUUAUAUAUAUAGAUGUAAAUACAUCUAUAUAUAUAUAGAUCUUUAAUUUCCAGAAAAGUUUGCACACGUAUGUAAAACUGUAUCUUUAUUCUAAUAACGAUGGAAGGGAUGUAUGUAUGUAUAUAUUAGGGCUGUCAAUCGAUUAAAAAAAAUUAACUAAUUAA